AUGGAGCCCUUCACGCUCGACGUCUUCAUUUCCAAGCGCUUCGUCUCGGCAUCCCUUACACACCGAUCGACUUGCAGGCAGGUCGCAGUUGCUGGGACCAACUCAAAGGACAUCAAAGCGGAGCUCAAGUUGAGGUCCGACAUCCCGGCCUGCCUGGCUGUGGGCCGUUUCCUGGUGGAGCGGGCGAAGGAGGCUGACGUGUAUACCUGCACGUACACACCAAGGGAACGGGACAAGUUUAAGGGGAAGAUUAGGGCGGUUGUUCAGUCACUGAUUGAUAACGGGAUCAAUGUGAAACUUUAUCUUGAUUGA